ACAUUCAUUCAAGAGCCGAAAACGAAAAGAAAUAUAUUUACAUUUUCCUUCAUUUGCUUUCGUGUAUUUUUCGGAAUGUAGUUUAAUUUAUUAUAAUUUUGGGUGUUUUUUUAAUUCGUCCAAUUUGAAUUUCUAGUCAUUACAACGAAAUUAUAAAACUCGCAUUCUCUUGAAGUUGAAAUAUAUAUUAAAAAAAGAACAAAACAUGGAUGUUCCUGAAUUACACGCGCCUGUAGACUUGAACAAGUCCUUAGAUGAAAUGACCCCCGAAGAAAGGAUGAGGGCUGAGCAUCAGCUGAUGCACGAAAAGCACAAAGGUCAUGAAUCUAUGCACUCUGAGAUGGUUUUCAUACUCCUGAUUACUCUAUUUAUUACGCAAAUCAUUUUGGUUGAAUGGAAAAAACGACAUUAUAGAUCGUAUUCGCUCAUCACCCUGUUGGCGAUGUGGGUAAUUCCAUUAGUAAUAUCGUUCUUCUAUGGUUGGUAUAGAUUUAUCAUUAUUUGGUUGAUAUUUUCGUCAUUAACAGCUUUUGUGAUGAGAAGAGCUGUUAGCAAACCAAUUGCAGGCACUACACCCAGACUUGUCUACAAAUGGUUCUAUUUUAUCUACAAGCUCAGCUACGGCUUGGGCAUUCUGGGCUAUUUGAUUAUGAUGGCAACGUUUUUAGGCUUUAAUUUUAUAUUUAGUCAACCACCCAACGUAUGGAUGGACGUGGGACUACUUUGUGUAUUUUAUGGACUCUACAUUGGAGUCCUGGGGCGUGAUAUAUCAGAGAUUUGUUCUGAUAAAAUGGCUUGCCAUAUUGGUUAUUAUACUCCUUUAGGAAUGCCAACACGACAUCUUGAGGAAAAUGUGUGUGCUGUUUGUGGUAAUCACUUGUUUGUUAGUGAAAAGGAAGAAGGAAUUAUUGAGAACACUUAUAAACUAUCGUGCAACCAUGUUUUCCACGAGUUCUGCAUCAGAGGAUGGUGUAUCGUUGGCAAGAAGCAAACUUGUCCUUAUUGCAAAGAAAAAGUUGACCUCAAGAAAAUGUUUUGCAAUCCAUGGGAACGUCCUCAUGUACUCUAUGGACGACUGUUGGAUUGGAUUCGAUGGCUCGUUGCUUGGCAACCAUUGAUUUUCUUUAUAGUGCAGGGUAUAAACUGGGCCUUAGGUUUAGAGUAGAAGAAUCAACAAAACAAAAAGAAAAGAAAUAAAUUAUAAUUUUUUUCGCGACGCACUGCA